AUGUCUACAGUGCUGGGCGGUGGACGCCUGACGCCGGUCCGUCGGCAGUACCUGACCAUCAAACACUCCUACCCGGACGCCGUCGUGCUGUUCCGGAUGGGCGACUUUUACGAGUGCUUCGACGACGACGCCCGCACCCUCUCUUCGGCCCUCGAAAUCGCGCUCACCUCCCGGACAAUGGGCAAGGAUACCCGCGUGCCGAUGGCCGGGGUCCCCGCAGUCUCCCUGGAAUCCAACCUCGCCCGGCUCAUCAAGCAGGGGCACAAGGUCGCCAUCUGCGAGCAACUGAGCGACCCCGCGACAUCCAAAGGGCUCGUCGAGCGCGGGGUCGUCCGGGUGGUGACCCCGGGCACCAUCAUCGAGGCCGCGCUGCUGAACAAUCAGGCCAACAACUACCUGGCUGCGGUCUGUCUCAGCGAAGGCCAGGCCGGGUUGGCCUACGUUGACGUCACCACUGGCGAGUUUGCCGUGUGCCAGCUCGCCGAUGAUCAACUGCUCCUGGAAAUUGCCCGGCUGCAACCCUCGGAGAUCCUGGUCCCCGACCGGGAACGGUUUCAGGACUUCGUUGCCAGUGCAACCUCAGCCGGCGAGGCCGUAUCCGUCACCCAAUUGGAAACCUCUGCCUUCAGUCUUAGCGUAGCCCGCCGCGCCCUUUUGGACUACUACGGCGUGCUGUCGCUGGAAGCCUACGGCCUGGAACACAACGACGCCCCUACCGAGCCAUUGGCGGUCCGGGCCGCCGGCGCGAUCCUGGAAUACCUGCAAUAUACCUGGCAGGGCGAGCGGCCGGCAUUGUCGCCGCCCGUCGUCUACAGCACGGCGUCGUACAUGACCCUCGACCCUCAAACCCGGCGCAACCUGGAGCUUUUCGCCGCCGGGCGUUGGGACAGUCGUGAUCUGUCGUUGCUCAACGCGCUGGACGGCACCCGGACUCCCAUGGGCGCUCGCCUGCUGCGCAAAUGGUUGGGACAGCCAUUGCUGGACCUGGAGCGGUUGCAGCGCCGUCUGGAUGCGGUACAGUUCUUCCACGACGACGCGUUCCGCCGCGAUGAAGCGGCGUCCGUGCUGGCCCCAAUAUCGGAUCUGGAACGCAUCCUCAGCCGCGUGCAGACGAAUUCCGCGACGCCCCGGGACCUCCUGGCCUUGCAGCGGAGCGUGGAAUCCGCCGCAAAACUUGGCGCCAUGCUGUCGCGCGACAAUGUUGCUCCGGUCGCCUGGCUCGCCGGCGAACUGCGCCCCAUCCCGGAUGUCACGGUGUUGAUUGAGCAGGCCAUCGAGCCGGAACCGUCCGGCGCCGUUGGCGACGGCGGAGUCAUCCGGCCCGGAUUUUCGCCGGAACUGGAUCGCACUCGCGGUUUGUCCCGUGACGCGCGGGGGUUCAUCGCUGGCCUGGAAACCGAGGAGCGCGAACGCACCGGCAUCCGCAACCUGAAGAUUGGCUUCAACCAGGUUUUCGGUUACUACAUCGAGGUCAGCAAGUCCAACCUGGAUGCCGUCCCCGACCACUACCAACGCCGACAGACCCUUGCUGGAGGCGAGCGGUACAUCACUCCCGAGCUCAAGGAGUUCGAGAGCCAGGCCCUCGACGCGCGCGAGAAGCUCGAGGAACUGGAGCGCAGCCUCUAUCGCCAGGUUUGCCGGCAAGUCGCCGAUCACGGCCCGGCCAUAUCCCGCCUCGCGUCGGCGAUUGCCCGGGCGGACGUGUUCGCCGGGUUGGCCGACGUCGCGGUGCGGCACGGAUACGUGCGCCCUGAGCUGAACGAGGGGGCCGCUAUUCGCAUCGCGGAUGGCCGGCAUCCCGUGGUGGAACGUGUGCUGGGAUCCGGUGCCUUCGUUCCCAACGACGCCGCGCUGGACUCCGACGACGCGCAGAUCAUGCUCAUCACCGGCCCUAACAUGGCCGGCAAGUCUACCUACAUCCGCCAGGUGGCGAUCAUAGUGCUGAUGGCGCAGGUCGGGAGUUUCGUGCCCUCGUCCUCGGCGACUAUCGGCCUCGUGGACCGCAUCUUCACUCGCGUUGGAUUGCAGGACGACCUAGCCACCGGCCAAUCAACUUUCAUGGUGGAGAUGGUCGAAACCGCGGCCAUUCUCAACCAGGCCUCCUGGCGCUCUCUCGUCAUCCUGGACGAGAUCGGCCGCGGAACCAGUACCUACGAUGGGCUGUCCAUCGCCCGGGCGGUGGUGGAGCAUCUGCACAACAAUCCCCGGCUGGGCUGCAAGACGCUUUUCGCUACCCACUACCACGAGCUGACCGAACUGGCAUCCACGUUGCCGGGCGUUCGCAAUUACAGCGUCGCGGUGUCGGAAGAGGAUGGCAGGAUCGCGUUUCUGCGUCGCAUCGUACCGGGCGGAGCCGACCGGUCCUACGGGGUGCACGUUGCGAUGCUUGCGGGAAUGCCAGCGUCAGUAGUGAGUCGAGCCCAGGAGUUGCUGACGCAUCUGGAGCAGGACCGCGGAUCAAACAUCGGCGCCGGCCGGGGCUCAAGCCGCAAUGCCGAGCCGUCCCCUCAACUACCGUUGCCCCUGUUUCCCCUCGAUGAUGACGGUGUCGCCGCGGAGUUGCUGUCCAUGGACGUGUCAAACCUCACACCCUUGGAGGCGAUCAACAAGCUUUACGAACUCCAGGAGCAGGCGCGCCGCCCCGAGGAGUAA